AUGGUGAAAGUAACUACAUCAGAUAUUCUAGCAAUAACAACUAAUGUGAAGCCGGCAAUCAACUAUAUUACAAGACGCAACAAACCAGACAGUAGGAGGGAAAUCACACUUAUUGAUAUAAGUGGAAUGCUAAUGCGUGUAACUUUAUUUGGAGAUUUGGCUACAAAUGAAGGAUCAAUUCUUGAAGCAGAAAUCAAAUAUAAGUCUGUAAUAGCAUUAUCAGAUUUUAAAAUCUCUAUAUAUCAAGGAGAUACAAGCAUAUCGUCGCAAAUUAUUUCAACAUUAUGUAUAAACCCAAAAAUAGAACUAGCUAGCGAAUUAAGGGAAUGGUUUCAAUUGGAAAAAGCUGCAAAAGCAAAAGGAUCUCCAUCAACACUUUUUAAAAAUGUCAAGGAAAUUCAUAUUAGUGAUAUUAUGCAAACAUCACAAAAUUUGAUACAGGCACGGUAUUGCAUAUUUAAGGAAAAGAUAACUACUAUUUUAAAUAGGCUCGAGCCAUGGUUCUAUUAUUGCAAAGGCUGUGACAAGAAUGUUGAUAAAAAUGUUAGUAAAGAGUGUCUGAAUGACAAAUACCGCAGAAUCAUUGAUGACCUAGUACCAAGGUACUUAGUUAAGAUUCUCGUGGAAAAUGACACGGAUAAUGCAAGAGUAACACUCUUUGACGCAGCAGAAACUCUUAUUGGAUGCAAAGUAGAAAAAUUCAUUACAGAAAAGAAAUAG